CUUAAGCAACCGUGAAAUUCUUCUUUCAUUGUAAACAGUGCUUUCUGUUCUCCACGUGCAUGUUCACAUGUUUGACGACUAUAUAAAUCACAAGGAUGUUUCGUCACAGCUGAGAGUGUUAUUAGGAAUGACAUUGUGCAAAAUACAGAUCGGAGAUGACGUUUCUGGAGAAGUCGAUCAGCUGCGCGGCAAACGUUACCCUGUGUCUGUCGGCGCUCCACGCAUCACUGCAGCUGUUCAAAGAUCACAGAGCUCCGGCUGUCGGCUUUUUCCUGAUCGCGCUCUCUUCCGCUCUGUCGUUAAUUCCCGUCCCUGGUCCGGUUUAUUUGUCCGUGCAGAAUGAUCUGGAAUGGGCGGGCGAAACGCUGGCUCCUGUCCUAGCCACCUUUGGCUUCCUGUGGCUCAGUGAAGACCACUCCACAGCCCACCUGCUUCUGAUUGGCUCCAGCCUCCUCCCAGCGUUUGCUGAUUGGCUGUCGCAGGACGGCCUGGUGCUGAUGUCACGUUGCGUGGCUCUCUCCUCGCUCUCCUGCGCGCUGACCGUGUGUGUGUUUGCGGGAAACGUACCUGGGCUCGUUGGGGGCGUAGCUCUCUGUCUGCCCCAGCUGCUGGCCCCCAGAGUGAGGGCCAAACACACCAUUUUCAUCGGCUCCCAGAACGCAACAGGAGGCCUGCAGCGGAGUCUCAUACAGGGGUCCAUGGCCUUGGGAUGCUGGGUCACGGAGAAAGCCCUGUGUAAGUACCUCUCUGACCUGAAAGGCUGGGACUGAGUGUCAGCUCACCUCCAAUUCUCAUCUCACUCUCUCAGUGCUGCCAACAAAAAGGGACGACUUUUUUAACGAUCACUGUGAAAAACAUCUCACAUUGGCUCUUUUAAGCAAAGCGUUUUGAUGAUCUGUGCUCCAAAUCUCCGCUUUAGCAGGAAAGCCAGCUCACUCUGCAGGCUGGACUGCUCAAGCGUUGAUUAACCCUAACAGUAGAACUAAUAUGUGAAACAAACGUGGGAAAUAUGGUAUGAGACCCAGAGGAUCAGCAUUCUGGACAAAUCAUUUGUCAUACUGGGAGGAAUGGACUACAUACAGUAACCUCUGAACACUUAUGAGAACUCCAGGAAUGAGCUUGAAUGACUUCAGUACAACAAUACAAAACAUUUGAGAUUUACCCUCACACACUGGGCCAUUCCUCUGGAUUCUGUUUGUU